CAAAACCAUAAACAUAUUCGUCAAUAGAUGGCACUCUUCUGACAGCUGACGUGGAGUCCGGUUAUGUGUACGAAAUACCCCAAAUUUUUCUAAUAGCUGCUGUAUUUUAAUUGUGCUUUGAAAAUUCAACCGAAAGUAUAUUAAGAAGUCAUCCGUCAAGAUGGCUACUUAUGAUGAGUACAUUCAACAAAAUGAGGAUAGGGACGGUAUUAGAUUUACUUGGAACGUAUGGCCAAGCAGCAGACUUGAAGCCACCAGAUUAGUAGUGCCUGUAGGAUGUUUGUAUCAGCCCAUAAAGGAGCGACCUGAUUUGCCACCCAUCCAAUAUGACCCAGUAUUAUGUACAAGAAACAAUUGUCGAGCUAUUCUGAACCCUCUGUGUCAAGUAGAUUACAGGGCAAAACUGUGGGUGUGCAAUUUCUGUUUCCAGAGGAACCCUUUUCCUCCACAAUAUGCAGCUAUUUCUGAGCAACACCAACCAGCAGAAAUUAUGCCAAUGUUCUCAACAAUUGAGUAUACAAUUACAAGAGCUCAAUGUUUACCACCAAUUUAUUUAUUGGUUGUUGAUACUUGCAUGGAUGAGGAAGAGCUAGGAGCUCUUAAGGACUCCCUACAAAUGUCCUUGAGUUUGUUACCACCUAAUGCUUUAAUUGGUUUGAUUACAUUUGGAAAAAUGGUGCAAGUUCAUGAACUGGGUACCGAGGGCUGCAGCAAAUCUUAUGUAUUCCGUGGAACUAAAGAUUUAUCAUCCAAGCAGGUGCAAGAAAUGUUGGGAAUUGGAAAAGUGGCUGUUGGUCCUCAACAACAACCACAACAAAUGGGGCAACCAAUGAGACCGCAGCCGCAACAGCCUCAGUCGCCCGGAAGCAGAUUUUUACAGCCAAUUUCUAAGUGUGACAUGAACUUAACUGAUUUGAUUGGUGAGCUCCAAAGGGAUCCAUGGCCUGUACCAACAGGGAAGAGAUCUUUGAGGUCAACAGGUACUGCUUUGUCCAUUGCUAUUGGUCUUCUGGAGUGCACAUAUCCCAACACUGGCGCUAGAGUAAUGCUGUUCUGUGGAGGACCCUGCUCACAAGGACCUGGUCAAGUUGUCAAUGAUGAUUUGAAACAGCCCAUUAGGUCUCAUCAUGAUAUCCAAAAGGAUAAUGCUAAAUAUAUGAAAAAAGCAAUAAAACAUUAUGAAAAUUUGGCAAUGAGGGCUGCAACCAGUGGCCACAGUGUUGACAUUUACUCUUGUGCAUUGGAUCAAACAGGUUUAAUGGAAAUGAAACAGUGCUGCAAUUCCACAGGUGGACAUAUGGUAAUGGGUGAUUCUUUCAAUUCUUCAUUGUUUAAACAAACAUUCCAGAGAGUAUUUGCCAAGGAUCAAAAGAAUGAUCUGAAGAUGGCAUUUAAUGGAACACUAGAGGUAAAAUGUUCAAGGGAAUUAAAGGUUCAGGGUGGUAUUGGUUCAUGUGUGUCAUUAAAUGUGAAAAGUCCUUCUGUAUCAGACACAGAAAUUGGUAUGGGUAAUACUGUGCAAUGGAAAAUGUGUACCUUAACUCCAAGUUCAACAAUAUCUCUAUUCUUUGAGGUUGUUAAUCAGCAUUCAGCUCCAAUUCCUCAAGGUGGUAGAGGUUGUAUACAAUUUAUUACCCAAUAUCAGCAUGCAAGUGGUCAAAGAAGAAUACGAGUGACGACUGUGGCUAGAAACUGGGCGGACGCCACAGCAAAUAUCCAUCACAUAAGUGCUGGAUUCGACCAAGAGGCCGCAGCUGUUCUUAUGGCAAGAAUGGCAGUGUACAGAGCUGAAACUGAUGACAGUCCAGAUGUUUUAAGAUGGGUUGAUAGAAUGUUAAUCAGACUAUGUCAAAAAUUCGGGGAAUAUAACAAAGACGAUCCUAACUCUUUCCGGUUGAAUGAGAACUUCAGUUUGUAUCCGCAAUUCAUGUAUCAUCUGCGUCGUUCGCAAUUUUUACAAGUGUUUAAUAAUUCCCCCGACGAGACAUCAUUCUACAGGCAUAUGCUAAUGAGGGAAGAUCUAACCCAAUCAUUAAUCAUGAUACAGCCAAUUCUUUACAGUUAUAGCUUCAAUGGUCCUCCUGAACCUGUCCUACUGGAUACCAGUUCUAUUCAGCCAGACAGAAUCUUACUCAUGGACACGUUUUUCCAAAUACUCAUUUUCCAUGGAGAGACUAUUGCUCAAUGGCGUAAUUUGAAAUAUCAAGACAUGCCAGAGUAUGAGAAUUUCAGACAACUACUGCAAGCUCCUGUGGAUGAUGCACAAGAAAUUCUUCAGACGAGAUUCCCCAUGCCCAGAUACAUUGACACAGAACAAGGCGGUUCGCAAGCACGAUUCUUGCUUUCAAAAGUAAAUCCAAGUCAGACUCACAACAACAUGUAUGCAUAUGGCGGGGCCAUCAUGACUGGUGCGGCAAGUCCGGAUGGUGGUGCUCCUGUGCUGACUGAUGACGUUUCCCUACAAGUUUUUAUGGAUCAUUUAAAGAAAUUGGCGGUUUCCUCCACAGCAUAACAAAAAUAAUAAAGAUUUUAUUUUUAAAAGUUUUAUAUAAUUUAUAUUAUCCAUGUAUGUAUUUGAAUAAAAACGUUAUAACUCAAUAUAUCAUCUAUACAUUUA